AUGGUCAAACCCAGCGCCGUCUCCCGGCCUUGCUUCCUCCUCGUCACCGCGGCAGCGUUGUGGGCCUUGACACUCUACCUGCGCCUGCUCGCCCUCAUAAGCGUGCCCGUCGCGUUCACGGGGCGCGUCGCGUCUUUCGUCCCGGCGGACGACAUGACGAACGCCAGCGGCGCCGGCGGCGAUCCCUGCCGCGGCCGGUACGUCUACGUCCACGACCUCCCGCCGCGGUUCAACGCCGACAUUGUCCGCGGCUGCGCGGCGGCCAACGACUGGUGGCAGGGCAUGUGCGAGGACGUGCGCAACGCCGGCCUGGGGAGACCUCUCUCCGGCGGCGCGCUCACGGGCGCGACCGGGUGGUACGCCACGCACCAGUUCGCGCUGGACGCCAUCUUCCACGGGCGGAUGCGGCAGUACGGUUGCCUCACCAACGACUCGUCCGCGGCGGCCGCCGUGUUCGUCCCGUUCUACGCCGGCUUCGAGUUCGCCAGGCACAUCUGGGGAUACGACAGUGCGGCCAGGGACGCCGCCUCGCAGGACCUGGUGCGCUGGCUCGUGCGGCGGCCCGAGUGGCGCAGGGCCGGCGGCCACGACCACUUCCUCGUGGCGGGGCGGACGGGGUGGGACUUCCGCCGUGAUGACCGCAACUCCACCUGGGGCACGAGUCUUUUCCUGCUCCCGGCCGUCAAGAACAUGAGCUUCCUCGUCGUGGAGACGGCCACCAUGGGCUGGGGCAACGACCUGGCCGUGCCUUACCCGACCUACUUCCACCCACGCACGGACUCCGACGUCCUGAGCUGGCAGAAGAGGAUCCGGAGCUCCGAUCGCUGGUGGUUCAUGUCCUUCGUGGGCGCGGCGCGGCCGAGCGACCCGCGGUCGAUCCGGUCGCAGGUGAUGGCGCAGUGCGGCGCGUCGCCCGCGUGCCGGCAGCUGGGGUGCGCCUUCGGGAGCGCCCAGUGCCACUACCCGGGCGACAUCAUGGUGCUGUUCCAGAGCUCCACCUUCUGCCUCCAGCCGCCGGGGGACUCAGCGUCGCGGCGCUCGACGUUCGACGCCAUGGUCGCGGGCUGCAUCCCGGUGUUCUUCCAGCCGCGGUCGGCGUACCUCCAGUACAGGUGGCACCUGCCGAGGGACCACGCCACGUACUCGGUGUUCAUACCGGCGGAGGACGUGCGCUCGGGGAAUGUGAGCGUCGAGGCGGAGCUGAGGAAGAUACCGCCGGCAGCGAUAGAGAAGAUGAGGAAGGAGGUCAUCAAGCUCGUGCCAAGGCUGGUCUACGCUGACCCGAGGUACAAGCUGGAGACGGUGAAGGAUGCGUUCGACGUCGCCGUGGAUGGCGUCUUGGAGAGGAUGGCGGAAACAGAGGAGAGCCAAACAGGGUCCUACUGGCGGUGA